AUGGGAGGGUUCAAGUUGACCAAGUGGAUGUCCAACAGUCGUCAUGCAAUCAACUGCAUCCCAGCUGAUGAGCGGGCACCGAGUCUUCGUGAAUUGCAGGGAAGUCCGUUACCAACAGAUAGAGUACUUGGUGUGCAAUGGGACUCGGAAGAGGACGAGGUUUUGUUCCAACUCCAGUUACCUGAGACGACAGCGACUCGCAGAGGUGUUCUGUCUUCGUUGGCCANGCUUUUACGAUCCAAUGGGGUUCGUCGCACCGUGGCUACUACCGGGCAAGGCUGGUGGCUGAGCCUGUCCACGCUGGGCAAUAUACGACUCCCUCGUCACAUACCAGGAAUGCACAAAGAGGAACACAGUGAGUUACACGUUUUUGCGGACUCGUCGGAGGUGGGAUACGGGGUGGUGGCCUACGAAUCCUCGUCUCGACCACGAAGAAGGAGACAGCAGUAUUCCGCUUGCAAAGGUCAGGGUCGCCCCUCUAAAUGCGGUCUCAAUACCCAGGCCAAAACCGGCAGCAGCAGUAUUAGCCGUGAGGAAGGUCAUGCCGGGGAAAAUCAUCUACUCAAUACGAUUCGCCGUCGGAUUGGGAUAGUGAAAGGGAGAGCUACGGUGAAGCGUAUCGUGGGCAACUGCCUCUUUUGUCGUUGUCAGAAUGCAAAAUUCAGUAAACAACUGAUGGCCUCGUUACCAAGUUUCCGAGUACGACCAGGUUGGUGGCUCUUCGCCAAAACUGAGGUGGACUACUACGGGUCACUAUGGGUGAAACGAAAGACGUCGAUGGAGAAACGGAACGGAUGCUUGAUGACAUGCCUGCAGUCGCGAGCUUUGCAUAUUGAGACCGUGCACAGCAUUUUGACCGACUCCUUUCUUAUGGCCUGGCAGCGAUUUGUAGGUCGACGAGGUAAUCCAUGGAAUGUGUUCUGCGACAACGGGUCCAAUUUCGUCGGUGCACAAAAGGAGUUGAGCGACUGGUUGAUGCGGUUAAACAAAUGCGCUCUGCAAGACCAACUGUUGCCAUCUGAAACCCAAUGGCACUUCAACCCAUCCUACAUCAGUCACCGCGGAGGAGUUUGGGAACGGCUUAUACGAUUCGGUCUUCUUGGGCUUGCCGAAGGCUGGGAAUCUACACCUACAAUGGACAAUCUGGCUCCGGCAAUAGUUGUUGGGCACGGUUGUAUCCACCGCUCCGACGACAUGCGUCCGCAUUUAUGA